AUGAAGCAAGAAGAGAAAGAACUGCAUAACCUCUCUGCAAAUUUGCAGCCUUCUUUCCAGCCGAGCGGGCAAGACACGAUGCCAUCAAACAACAUACUCUUCAUUCAUAAUCUUCCCGUUGAGAUGACUAGCAUGAUGCUUCAGCUGAUCUUUGAACAAUGCCCAGGAUUCAAGGAGAUAAGAAUGAUACAAGCAAAACCAGGAAUUGCGUUUGUGGAGCACGAAAACGAUGUUCAAUCUUCUAUGGCCAUUCAGGCUCUUCAAGGUUUGAAAAUCACUCCACAGAAUCCAAUGGUAGUCUCUUUCGCCAAGAAGUGA